UUAUCUGAAAAAGGGUACAUGCUCUGUUUCCUAUGAUGCUAAGUGAAUGAAAUAUCACUGGACUGUCGGCUCCAGCAGUACACAGGCUGAGUAGGCAGGCCAUUGCUCACCUGAAUUCAUCAUAAACUCAAAAUCUGCAGACUUGCCCUUGGGCCUCAGGGGCUAAAAUUCUGCUGGCUUCCUUCAUACCCCAUACUUCUGGCAGUUGGGACUCAUGCCUACCUUCUUUCUUUUUAUUUUAUGUAUGUUGGUGUUCUGCUUGCAUGUAUGUCUGUAUGAGGGUGUCAGAUCGCCUGGAACUGGAAUUACAAACAAUUCUGAGCUGCCAUGUGGGUGCUGGGAAUUGACCCCCAGUUCUAUGGAAGAACAGCCACUGCUCUUAACCGCAGAGCCAUCUCUCCAGCCCAUGCUUACCUUCUUAACACCCUUGGUUGGUAAAGGGUCUACCCGAGCCAGCAUCUGCUUCCUAAUGUUUGAAGACUUGCUUAGGAGGCCAGAGCUUGUUCUGUCUUCACAUGGCAGCCAGGAGUACAGGGGGUCAGGGAAAAUGGUGGGAGUGGGAAAGAUGGCUCAGUAGUUAAGAUAGAUCCAUAGUCUGGAUACCGGCCCCCACCUCAGGAGGCUCUCAAAUGCCUGUAAUUCCAGCUCCACACCCUCUUCUGGCCUCUUUGGGCACACCCUGCACGUAUGCACAUGCAAAUACACAUAAAUAAAAUAAACUUGAAGGACAGGGUGUUGGCUUGAAAGGUGGCAAUGCCUAGCUACAGUUGCUGGAUAGACACUGAGUCCCUGACCCAGGACUCAGGUGGGCGAAGUCUGAGGUGCUUGUUCUGUGUUUUCAUAGUUCCCCACGGGCAAGCUGUGGCUGCCUACAGUGGUAGCUUGAUGGGCGGCCUUCUUGCCUUUGUCUCGCUUUACUCCUCGGUUCCUGGAAUCAGUCCAAUAAGCUGUUGAUAUUUGGGGUUUUACCCCGGGGACUUCUCUGCUUCUAGGAGAACGUAAAUAAAAUACUUGCCUCCCUCUCCAGGAUUCAGGGGCUCUACCCAUCUAUUCUAUCCCUCCAUUUUUCUUUUAGAUAGAGAGUAGACAUCUCCAGCUUUCUUCCCACCCUCCAGCGUUAUCUUGGACAACUCCACUUUGGAGAGCACACAACCAGCGAUGAUGGCCUUCCUCUGUAUCUCUCUGUCUGGGCAGAGAGCACCCAGGGCCACCUAUAGCUCUCAUGUCUGUGCCCAGGAUGGGACCAUGGGGAUUGCCCCGGCACUGGGUACUUUGUGAAUUGUUCCAGCAUGUCUCUGUUUCUUUUCAUUCUUUAUCUGUGGUUUGUUUUCUCAUUACAAGAGCAGCAGCUUCUCCCAAGAGGAAAAAAGAAAAAAAAAGUUUUCCCCCUCCUUCUCCCCAGGUUUCUCCCUUUGCAACUUGCAGUUCUGCCUAACAGGUGUUGAUCACCUACUGCCGUUACAGGCACAGGAACAAUGAGGACAGCCAGGGAAGGAAGACACAGUCCAGCCUGCUUCUGUUUUCUUUUGCUUUCUGCUCUUCUGUACAACACAGUCCUUGUAGUGUUCUGUGUCGUGCACAUAGAAAACACUAGACUCUUCAGCAAAAUCUUUUCCCAUUUUAGCUCGGUCUUCUCACUUAACUGUCUAAGGCAUGACUGAGGUAGACUGGGGACUUCCCAGGCAAGGAUCAGAGAAUGGACCUAGCAGAGGACUUCCAUUCUGUUGGCCGACCUUGGUAUGAAGGGGACUAAGACUGCCAUUAAUAUUGUUCUGUGGUGGCCCACAAUAGUGGAGAUGGUUGAUACUGCUCCAUGGAAGCCUGUAAGCCUGAGCAGGGGUGGAGGUUUGGGUGCUACUGUAGGCUGUCUUAGGAGGAAGAGAGCCCGGCUAAGUGAGGUCAUGCCAUGGGGCAUGUGAGAUGGCUCUGUUUCCUUAUGCCUCACCCGUACUGCGCCCCCACCAUAUCCCCUAGGGGAACCUACUUUCUUCCGCCCCCACUCCCCAUCCCACCCCACCCCCGCCCCAAUCUUUGUGUUCUUUCUCUCUCCCAAGUAAUCCUCUCCACAGGGAAGGCAGGCCUGGCUUAGAGAGUUUGGCCUAGGGUUUGGGGAAAACUUCCAGGGCUGGUUCUCCAGCAGAACAGUAGGAGCAGGGGAUAGACAGGACUCUGGGCUGACUGACAUUUGCCAAGAGGACUUUAGUGGUAAAGGAAGCUCAGGCCCCUAUCAGUUCCCUCUACCCCAGUUUUAGAAGCCCAGAGCCAAGCACAGAAAAUUUCUUUUGCAUAGAAAAAGCCUGGGGAUUCUGUACUUUGUCAACAUCCACUUCUUCUCUGCCGAGGCCUUUUCGUCUACUUUUUUCCUACUGUCCGAGAGCCUAUCCAGAUGCAGAAAGAAUGAAGAAGAGCAGUGAGGGGUUGCUCUACAAGGCCACCCCCUUCUAUCAUCUCUCCACUUGGUGGUUCUUGAAACCAUCCCUAGCAGAGUUCAAGCUAAGCUGGCCCUGGAAGGAGGAGGAUGGAGCUCAGAGUUGAUGUUUCAUUAGCAUAUUCAUCCAUAGUAAUCAGAGACCUGCUGUGAUCAAAAGCUCUCUUCAGGAUUCCCUGCCUCUCUGGCAGGUUGAGAAGCUGACAGAAGGUGGUCAAGUCCCCACUCGAGAGGACUGCCAGGAGGGAGUGGGGAAGAGUAGAGAGAGGACAGUACCCCUAGAGAAGGGGUUUCUGGUAGAAAAGAGUGUUGGGCACCUUGUCAUCACAUCUACCUCCAGCAUCACCCGUUCCCAUGGCCACUGGGGCUCCCCAAGAAGGCAUCCAUGAAAAAGAACAGUUUGUUUCAUUAUUUGCUGUAUUCCAUAUAAGUAAAAACAAAUCACCUCACUCUCUGACAGCCUAGAUACGAUGGCCUAGUGUGAAGCCAAAGAAAACAGUAAGUUGAUUUUGUUUCGUUUUUUUAAAUUUAACUUGUAUCUAUCUAUCUAUCUAUCUAUCUAUCUAUCUAUCUAUCUAUCUAUCUAUCUAUCUAUCUAUCUAUCGAGGUGGGGGUGCUUCCAUGUGCCCACUGCACUUACAGAGGUCAGAAGAGGACACACGGAGGGAGCUGGCCCUCUCUUCCCACACAGGGUUAGGACUGAACUCCGGUGUCACACUUGGCAGCAAGAGCCUUUUACCCACUGAGCUCUCUCACUGGCUCCUGAUUUUAAGUUAUGUGGAAGGAAAUAUUAAAUAGCAAUGAAUUUGGAAGUCAUUGUCACUGUAGCAUGCCUGAUGGGCAUCUGGGAUGCUGGUGCGUGUGCAUUCGUGUGUUCAUGUAUGGGUGCAUAUGUGUGGAGCACAGAAGGGAGUCAGUGUACGGCCUCAUGUCACUCCUCACAGACCUUUCACCUUCUAUUUGAGACAGGGUCUCCCAUUGGCCUAGGACUUUACCAAGUGGUCAGCAAGCCCCAGGGACCCCCUUGUCUCCGUUUCCCAUCAUACAACUCCAUGUCCAGCUUUUUAUGUUGGUUCUGGGGGUCCAAACUCAAGUCCUCAUGCUUGUGAAGCACACGCUUUCCCAACUGAGACAUCUCCCAGUCCCGGGCAUUGGUUUCUAGUGGACUCCGGCUUCCCCUGUGUAAUGAGCCAGGAAAAAGAACAAGGCAGAAGCCACAGUGCUUUCAUGACCUAACCCGGAGAAGUCAUGUGCUAUCAUUUUUGUUAUAGUCUGUUCACGCAGACCAGCAAAAACACAUUAUGAGUGGAACCUGCUUAAGCACAUUGGGAACCAUCAUCUUGGACAUAUGGAAAAUACUAGCCUGAGCCAACAGAACCGGAGUUCAUUUCUGCGGGAUGUUGGACUCCCGUGUGUGCUGCGAAUCACAUUUCCCAGCGGUGGAGCCACGGCCCUCUUUUCUAGGGAGGAGACUGGGACACCUGUAAGGAAGGUGCUCUGGCAUACCUGGCCUAGAGAAGAAAGUCUAAACUUCUUAGUGUUCACAUUCCCACACAGUCUGGCAGGAACCUCCAAUGCAAACUUUCCUCCCCUUUACACCCGCCUGAGUAUGUGUAUGUGGGGUGUAUGUGUGGGGGCAUGCGUCAUUGCAUGCGUGGGAGCGUACAUGCAUAUUGAGCAUGUGAAAGUCCAUGACUGAUGCUUCCCUUGGAUUCUCCCUUGAUCAUUCAGCUUACUCAUUGAGACAGGGUCUCUCAAUCAAACCCAGAGCUCAUCCAUAUGUCUAGGCUAGCUAGCAUUCUUGUUAUGGGAACCCCUGCCCCUGCCCUUUUAGCACUGCCGUACCCCCAGCAUUUCUGUGGGUUCUGGGGCUGUGAAGUCCUCACGUUUACAUGACAAGCUUAAGCACGGAGCCAUCUCCCCAGCCCAUGCCCUUAUUCCCAUUCUCUUUCUCUCUUUUUAUUUUCUCCUUCUGUCUCUCCUUCUCUCCUUCUCUCCUUCUCUAUUUAUUUUGAGACAGAGUCCCCUGUAUCUCUUGCUUACCUCCAACUCACUGUGUAGCCAAGAAUGAACUUCCAAUCUUCCUGUCUCCACCUCGAGAAUCCUGGGAUUACAGGUGUGCACCACCAAUUCUGGUAUUAUGUGGUAUUGAACCCGGCGCUUCCUUCAUGGAGGCAGGCACUUUUCCAACUGAGCUACAUCCCUCAGCCAGUGAUUCACUAAUCUGAUCCAUGUACACUUGCCCUUAGAGACAUUCUUUGAGCUGUUUGAUCUGCUCUCUUUCCUCUUCAGUUUUUUGAUUUUAUACUUAUUCCCUGAGGGUUGGGGGAAGGCCACAGUCUCUGUAAAUCUUCCCCCCUCUCCCACACACACAAAAAAAUUAUUAUUCUUUGCUGUUUUGUUUUGUUUUUGGCCAGGUGUGGUGGCUCAUAUCCUAAUCCUAGCACUUGGGAGGCUGAGGCAGGAAGAUCUCAGCAAGUUUGAGGCCAGCCUGAACUACAUAGUGAGUUCCAGGCCAGCCCAGACUACCGAGUGAGAGACCGUAUCUCAAAAAACAACAACAAUAAAGCAAGACAAAACCAAAACACCAAACAAACAAACAAAAACACCAACCCAAAACAGUGGUUUCCUCCUUUGCUUCUUUUUUACAUGGUUACAUAUUUGGGGCGAAGGUGGGGGUUACCCAUACACUGACCCUUGUUCCACUCUCUGCCUACAAAUUCCCUCCUCUUCCAGGCAUUUAAUUCCAGUACCGCAUGCUGCGUGUGACAGAGUUUAGUGCUGGAGUUCGGGGACAGUCUGUGGCGUGGGCCUGGCAAGAGCACAUUUUGAAAAGCAGCCCCCCUCCAACCUCAGGAAGUCCAACUUCUUCCACUUCGUGCUGGCCAUGUACGACCGGCAGGGGCAGCCCGUGGAGGUGGAGCGCACAGCCUUCAUCGACUUCGUGGAAAAGGAUCGAGAGCCUGGGACAGAAAAGACAAACAAUGGGAUCCAUUACCGCCUCCGGCUGGUGUAUAACAAUGGGCUUCGAACAGAGCAAGAUCUCUAUGUGCGUCUCAUUGACUCCAUGUCAAAGCAGGCUAUCAUCUACGAGGGACAGGACAAGAAUCCGGAAAUGUGCCGUGUGCUGCUCACUCACGAGAUCAUGUGCAGCCGGUGCUGUGACCGCAAGAGCUGUGGUAACCGGAAUGAGACGCCUUCAGAUCCAGUCAUUAUUGACAGGUUCUUCCUCAAAUUCUUCCUCAAAUGCAACCAGAACUGCUUGAAGAACGCGGGGAAUCCCCGAGACAUGCGCCGUUUCCAGGUGGUGGUGUCCACGACAGUGAGUGUGGAUGGACACGUGCUAGCCGUGUCUGACAACAUGUUCGUGCACAACAACUCCAAGCAUGGCCGAAGGGCCCGGCGCCUGGACCCUUCUGAAGGUCAGGACCCCCGGCCAGCCCUGGCCAGCCUCAGUCUCCCGUGGUGCAGUUCCCUGACCUGGGUCCUCUCCUCCCUCGCAGCUGCCACCCCCUGCAUCAAGGCCAUCAGCCCCGGGGAGGGCUGGACCACGGGUGGCGCCACCGUCAUUAUCAUCGGCGACAACUUCUUCGACGGGCUGCAGGUCGUGUUUGGCAACGUGCUCCUGUGGAGCGAGCUCAUCACCCCCCACGCCAUCCGGGUGCAGACGCCUCCGAGACACAUCCCCGGGGUAGUGGAAGUGACCCUCUCCUACAAGUCCAAGCAGUUUUGUAAAGGAGCCCCUGGCCGCUUUGUUUACACAGCCCUCAAUGAGCCCACCAUUGACUACGGAUUCCAGAGGCUACAGAAGGUCAUUCCUAGACACCCGGGGGACCCCGAGAGGCUGCCCAAGGAAGUGCUGCUGAAAAGGGCGGCUGACUUGGCGGAGGCCCUGUACGGAGCGCCCAGCAGUAACCAGGAGCUCCUCCUGAAGCGCGCGGCGGACGUGGCCGAGGCUCUGUACAGCGCCCCCCGCGCGCCGGCACCGCUCGGACCCCUGGCCCCCAGCCACCCGCACCCCGCUGUCGUGGGCAUCAACGCCUUCAGCAGCCCUCUGGCCAUCGCCGUCGGGGACGCCACGCCGGAGCCCGGCUAUGCUCGCAGCUGCGGCAGCGCGUCUCCCCGGUUCGCGCCCAGCCCCGGCUCUCAGCAGAGCAGCUACGGCAGCGGCCUCGGAGCUGGCCUCGGCAGCUAUGGCGCGCCCGGUGUGACUGGCCUCGGCGUGCCCGGGUCCCCUAGCUUCCUCAAUGGCUCCACUGCAACCUCACCUUUCGCCAUCAUGCCCUCUAGCCCCCCGCUGGCAGCUGCCUCCUCCAUGUCCCUUCCGGCCGCUGCCCCCACCACCAGCGUCUUCUCCUUCUCGCCUGUCAACAUGAUCUCCGCUGUCAAACAGAGGAGUGCCUUCGCCCCUGUGCUGCGCCCACCCAGCUCCCCAUCCCAGGCCUGUCCCAGAGCCCACAGAGAGGGGCUUCCAGACCAGCCUUUUGAAGAUCCUGACAAGUUCCACUCCGCGUCCCGGGGGCUCCAGGGCCUGGCAUACUCCUGAUUAUGGUCUGCAGGUGCUGUCCCCACUGAGGCUGGACUGGAGGUCCUGGACUCACAUUCAUGGCCGGAUGGCAGCACAAACAGAUACAGGGUCAGGACUUCGGGUAGACCUCAAUCCCUGGGAUGUGCGGGGAGAGGCCUUCACCUUUGUGCCCAAGGCCCCCUCAUACCCGCAAGGCCCUCACACUUACCUCUCUUUCUUGGGGCACAUUAGAAGCCCAGCACUGUGAGGAUGCUCUUGGCAGGAGAGCAUCAUAGGGAGGUGUUGGGGUGUCGGGCCUUACCCACUGGAUCAGUUCCUCUGUAAGAGAUGGAUUUUGUACAGACCAGAGAUGUUGGUAAGAUGUGCGACAAUUAGGAACUGUGGGAAAGAGGACAGCUCAGGGAGAGGUCACCUAGAGAGACCCUGUUUGCAUCUGACCGAUCACACCUGACCUAGCAGCCCACCUUCUCUCUCGUGAGGAAGGUGGUGUCAAGGGUCUCCGGAGGCCCAUUCAGGCUCCCAUGGAGCUGCCCACAGCCACUGGACCCCGGUGGCUGCCUCACUCCCUCUGAGAGAAGCACGUUCAUGCUGAUCACACACACACACCUCCCUGUGGGGGUUUUAGGCAUGGAAAAUGCACAGAAGGGCCUUCUGAAUUUUGACUCUUACCCCAACGGAUGGUUCGUGAAUUUUGUCCCCCUACCACCACACACCCAACUCCAGUUGGCCCCAAAGAACAGCGUGGCUGCACCUUGGUGGCCUCACACUCUGCUGAGUUUGGACAAAAUGGAACAAUAAAGCCAGAUGCAGGUGGCCACGUGGCCUCUCUUGCCUGCUUCCUUGGUC